AUGCGGUCUCCCGAGAAGGAAGACUGUCACGCCACGAGGAGAACUUAUGGAUCCAUCGCCCAGUUGCCCUACGUCGUACACCACGACGUCCAGGUGCGACUGAUGCCAUCCCCUUCCCAUCCCUUGCGCACGGAAGAUAGGCCGCCGGAGAAGCCGCCUUGUACGACCAGCUCUCCUGGGCACCUAAGACAUUUGCGGUCCUUCGGUGUCCUGGAGCGGGCCCGCAGGGCCGAAUCCGAUCUGACCUGCAUGCUGUCAUGCAAACAGCAAGGGGCGAGUACCGUGUCGACGACGCCCGACCGUGUUGAUGGCCAGGGCGGAGCGGGGGACAGCGAUGUUCAGGCAAGGGACAGCGCAGGUUGUGACACUAGAUCGAUGAAGGACCAGGAGACGAGCGAGGCUGAGCGGACGUGA